AUGGGUUUAUCCACUAAUCGCAUUGUUAACAAUCAGUCUUCUCCUCUCGAGCAUCUGUUUUGCUCGAUAUGCCAUGAAAUUCUGUGGCAUCCUGUUACAUGUGGAACUUGUGAGCAUAGCUUUUGUGAAGCAUGUCUCAAUCAAUGGUUUCAACGUCAACAACGAUGCCCUAAUACUUGUGAAUACCAUCAAAGAACUCGUGUACCAUAUCUUCUUACACAAUUAUUAUCACAAUUAAAAGUUACCUGUAAGAAUACAGCAAAUGGAUGUACUGAGAUUAUCCCAUAUGAAGCAUUAGAAAAACAUGAACAAGCGUGUGGUUAUGAAAUGAAGAAGUGUUCAGGUUGCUUGAAAUCAAUAUUAAAACAAGAUGCUGAACAACAUGAACUACAGUGUGAUUAUGUGGAGAUUUUGUGUAUGUAUUGUCAAGCAAUGUAUCGUCGACGAGAUACACAUAACACAAUAGAAUGUCUAAGAAAUCAAAUGAAAAAUCAAAAUGAUCGAUUUGAACUAAAACUAACAUCGUUAGAGAAUGAUCUUAAACGCCAAACGGAGUUAUUGAAUAAUAUCGAUCAACAACAGAAAGCUUUAAUUGAACGAUUAGAUAGACAGGCAAGAGAAGCAGAAGGUAAGAAAUGUAUUAGAUGA